AUGGCACCAAGUGUUAUCAACGAUAAUGGGGUUUCACCCCAAUCCAACAUGGGCACUCAGUCGAAGCCCACCGUCUAUAUACUUGAUGCCUGGAAUGAAGAGGCCCUAGUCUACGCGAAGACUCUCUUUAACGUCAUUCAACCCGGAGACAAGGGGUUCUCUGAUUGGCGUCAAAAUGCCUCAUAUCUUCUGAUUAGAGGAUCAUACCUCACCGCAGAUGAUGUGGCGAGCUGCCCUAACUUGAUCGCCAUUGGCAAACACGGCGUCGGUAUUGACAAGAUUGAUCAAGACGCUUGUUUUAAGCGUGGAAUCAAAAUUUGCAACACACCCGGCGCGAAUGCACGCGAUGUUGCCGAGCUCGUUUUGGCUCUGGCCAUGACAGUCGCUCGAGACAUCCGAUGUAUCACCACCCGUCAAAUGACCAAACCAGUUCCAAAGGAGACUUGCAAUGGCUUGACUCUUCACAAGAAAACUCUCGGUAUCAUCGGCAUGGGCAACAUUGGUCGCACUGUGGCUGAGAUCUUUCGUGGAGCUUUUGAUGCCGAAGUCAUCGCCUACGACGUCUUCAUGCCCGAAAAUGCAUGGCCCUCUAUCCAGCACACGAGAGUCCAUGAUAUUCAAGAUGUCAUCAAAAGAGCCGACGUCCUCUCCCUUCAUAUUCCUUUAACGAGUGAAACCCGCGACCUGAUUGGAUACAAGGAGAUUCUUUCAAUGAAGCCGAAUUCGAUCUUAAUCAAUGCCGCCCGGGGUGGCAUCGUCAACGAAGCUGACCUUACCAAGGCCCUUGCCGAUGGCCAUCUAUGGGGGGCGGGACUGGACUGUCAUGAGCAGGAGCCACCAAGUGUGGAGAAGUAUGGACAGCUGUGGGAGAAUUUGAAUGUUGUGAGUACGCCUCAUAUUGGAGCCGCAACAAGGCGAGCGCAAACUGCAAGUGCCUUGGCCGCGGUUGAGAAUCUGCAUCAAUAUAUCAUGACCACUCGCAGAUGA